AUGACAUCUCAAAGUAGACCCAAAUUCGUUCAACUACAUACCAGCAUGGGAAAAAUCGCCAUUGAACUGUAUUGGGACCAUGCUCCUAAAACAUGCGCCAACUUCUCUGAAUUAGCUCGUAGAGGAUAUUACAACAACACAAUUUUCCAUAGAAUUAUUGCUGAUUUCAUGAUACAGGGGGGUGACCCCACGGGCACAGGACGUGGAGGAGCUUCUAUUUAUGGUGAUAGGUUCGCAGACGAAAUCGAUGGUCGCCUGAAGCAUACAGGAGCCGGUAUAGUGUCUAUGGCGAAUGCUGGACCAAAUACGAAUGGCUCUCAGUUUUUUAUUACUUUAGCUCCUACUCAGCAUUUAGAUGGAAAGCAUACAAUAUUCGGUAGAAUUGCGGCUGGAAUGACGGUGGUUCAAAACCUUGGAAAAGUUGACACAGACUCAAGUGAUAGACCGAAAAUGGAAAUUAAAAUACUGAAAGCAAUGCCAACUGACGAUUCUAGGAUAUCUUAA